AUGGAGUUAGCAGCAUCAGAACUGGACUCGGCCGUGCCGCCGCUGCUUUACUACGCCUAUCCCGGAGCUGUAUUUUCGUUCUUUCUGGCGGCAUCCCUUUAUUCUGUGUGCACGCUGCACAAUCUCAGGCAUGAAUGGCAACUGAAGGCGGAAUCUUCAGGCCAGCAAUAUGUUGUUGGAGCCCUCUCAGUAUUCAACUUGACCUAUCUUGUGCAGCUUAUCUGCCUAGUCGUCUUCAACAGCGCAGACGAGCAAUGGCCACCAGCCGAGCACAGUGUUGUCGGGAACCUGUCUUGCUUACUGGUAUUUGGUAUCCAGAUUUCCUGGCUAUCCACUGCCACGGACCUCGUGUGGUAUCCUUACCAAGGGGCUUGGAUCAUUGCAUUGGCUUUUGAAACGACGCUUGGCGCUUUUGGUGCUGUUCAGUCGCAUACGAGAACUUUGAGCCGCCAUCAUACCGUCGAGCUGGUAUUGACAAUCUUGCGAUGCGCACUUCUUCUUGUUCUUGUCUUUUGGGCCUCUUUUUGGCGCUGUGUUCAGGCUGUUCAUCAUAGGUCAGAUGAAGAACAUCAGCCAUUACUAACCGACGCUGCCAAUGGGAGCGCGUCCGGCUAUGGAUCAACAUCUGAUACUGAAGCAGCGUCUGACGAGGAGGCAGAGUACAACUGGGAGCGGCGUGAGCGAGAGGCGAAAGAAAUCAUGGAGAAAAGAUUGAAAGAAGGCGGCAACUGGUUUACAUAUGCCAAGGGAUUCAUGGUUCUCUUCCCUUAUGUGUGGCCUGUCGGGAAUCGUGUCCUACAACUUCGAGCCGCGACAGUGGGGUUAUGCCUUCUGGGGUCCAAUGUCCUGCAUUUGUUGAUUCCGAGACAGACGGGUAUCAUCAUGGACAGCUUAGCUGCCAACAAAGAGGACAGUUCCAAUAACCCCUGGGUUGCAGUGGCAGUAUUCGCUGGACUGAGACUCGCAGCCUCUGACUCGGGUAUCGAGCUUUUGCGCCAAUGGCUUUGGAUCCCCGUUCAGUACUAUUCUCGUGAUGCCAUGACCCGAGCAGCGUACUCUCAUAUGAUCCAUUUAUCAGCAGAUUUUCACGAUUCGAAAAGUUCUUCCGAUAUGAUGUUAGCCAUACAUGGAGGCCACGCCGUCUCUAAUGCAAUAGAGAGCGUAUUGCUCCAGGCGCUUCCAAUGUUCAUCGAUAUGUGUGUCGCUUUGAUCUACCUGUCCGUCACGUUCGGUCCAUACGAAGGUUUCAUAACCCUAGCCACCGGAACCAUCUUUUUCAUCAUGGCUGGCAGAUUAGUGGCCGAAUCCAAGGCUGCAAGUCGGCACCGUGUGAAUGCCCUAUAUCAGGAGCAUUACGUUCGGCAAUCAGGUUUGCAAGGUUGGCAGACAGUUAGCGCCUUUAAUCAAAUCGGCUUUGAAGAUAAUCGACACGCCAACGCUGUUACCAACAGGUGGCUUAGAGAGCAACAGUAUAUUCUGAGUUGGUAUAUUUCCAUAGCUUUCCAGACGGUGGUUCUUACAUGCGGUCUCCUGGCUAGUGCUUUUCUGGCAGUCUAUCGAAUCCAGAAUGGAAAGGCAUCCGCAGGUCAAUUUGCAAUGCUCUUGAUGUACUGGUCACAACUGACAUCACCGCUACAAUUUUUCGCCAAACUUGGCAAGAGGAUGAGUGACGACUUCAUUGAUGCAGAGAGACUUCUUGAAAUCAUGAAGACAAAAUCUACAGUUGAAAAUAAGAAAGGAGCAAGGCCAUUGAAGUUUGUAGCAGGCAACGUUACAUUCGAUAAUGUUACAUUCAGCUAUGAUGGACAGAAAGGUGUUAUUAAAGGAAUUUCCUUCGAAGUUUCUGCAGGUGAGACUGUAGCGUUUGUUGGGGCAACCGGCGCUGGCAAAUCUACCCUGCUGAAGCUCCUUGACCGAUUUUACGAUGUUACCGACGGAAGCAUAAAAAUUGAUGGUCAGGACAUCCGUGACGUGGAUCUCUUUAGCCUUCGUGAUCGAAUUGGCAUCGUUCCGCAAAACCCUAUUUUAUUUGACGAUACCAUAAUGAACAACGUUCGAUACGGAAGAAUUACGGCUAGCGAUGAAGAAGUAUUUGACGCCUGCCGUGCAGCCUGUAUACACGAUAAGAUCGUAGGCUUUACACAGGGCUAUGAAACACGGGUUGGUGAACGUGGUGUAAAACUAUCAGGCGGAGAGCUUCAGCGAGUAGCUAUAGCGAGAGCAAUCUUGAGACGGCCAGAUAUUGUCUUAUUAGACGAGGCAACUAGCGCUGUUGACACCGACACUGAGCAGCAAAUUCAACUAUCAUUCAGACGCCUCUGCCAAGGUCGUACCACGUUUGUUGUGGCGCACCGGCUGUCAACCAUCAUGAAUGCCGAUCGUAUUGUUGUUGUAGAAAACGGUGAGGUUGUUGAGCAAGGAAAUCAUAGCAAGCUGAUAGUGGCCAAUGGACGAUACGCGGAUUUGUGGUCAAAGCAAGUCUUUAUACGACCACGAGACAACCCCGACCCUGUAGACUUGAUUGAUGAUAGAACGGCAGUGGUUGACGACCUGGCAUCAGAACAAACCGCAACCGAAUUGGGACAAUCUGAAGGAACAGACUCAGAUAGUGAGAUACUGACCGCCGAUGAGAACCAACCUGAGCAGAAUAGCUCGGCUCUUGGACAGCAUCGGAAAGAGGGAUCCAUGUUGAAUCCCGUUGCUCCUGAAUUUACUCCGAGACGUACUCCACGUUCUACCGAUGACCAUGAAAUGAACGAAGAGCAAAGUAUGUCGGGAUGUUCGAAAUUUGGUGGAGACAUCCGCAAAUUUGCCGAGUUGAGGGAGCGGCAAUCAGAACUGCGGAAAGAUUCAUCGCAACUUCUAAGUACGGCUGUUGAAGAUCGAUUCAGAAGUACAGAGGAUUCAGUAGGCGCUACCCAGAGCACUCUACAGGACACAUCUCAGUUGGCGGUGGGCAAGAAGAAGCCCAGUGGUGACCAAAAUCUUUCAGAGUCAGACGGCUACCCCGACGGCUUUGAACAAUAG